GUCAUGUCGGACAAGCUAGAGAUGGAGAUUUGAGAAGGGACCGUGUGUAGAAGAAUGUUAUACAAACCGAGAGAGAGCAUCACAACGAACUAACUAAAGCAGAAGCAGAGGGGUUGGAGGUGAUCGGGUGAUGGUGCCGCUGCCUCAAACUGCAGAGUGCAAAUGCCUUCCUUCACCCUGUACCCUGUACCUGUAGUGGUGCUGCUGCUGCUGCUACUACUGCUCUGUUGAUUUUUUCCCACCCUUUUUCAAGCCCCAAAAUUCACUCGCUCGGGGCUCUCUCCUGCAUCACCAGCUUGAUUGAAUUCUACUGGUAUCUGUUUGUAAGUGACUGUAUCAUAUGCACGUCUGCCAAAUCCCCUCUGUUACCGUACCGUAUCACUGCCGGACUAUUCUUUGCAGCGUGCCUUCGUCUUCUUGUUAACUGCUACUAUUGGUUAAGUACAAGUACUACUUAAUUCUUCUCUCAGACUGUUUUUCUUGUCGUCUUUGGCUCUGCAUCGUUUCUACUAUUUAUAUUUUUAACAUAAGAGUGAGCGGUUGUGUAGUAGUACUACUUACAACAUCGAGGCUGUUGGGGAGUUCUUUUGAGCUGGAAGAAGAGGAAAUAUGUUUGGGAUAAUCAGCCACAAGUUGGUUGCCAGUACUGCUGGAGGAUCUCCAGGACAGCCGAUUCUCAGAGCUGCGGUUUUAGCUAUGAUGAGCAACUACUCCACCGCGACUAAACAGAUAAUGGUUAGAGAAGCUCUAAAUUCUGCCCUAGAUGAGGAAAUGGCGGCUGAUCCCACUGUAUUUCUGAUGGGGGAAGAGGUUGGGGAGUAUGAAGGUGCCUACAAGGUUUCGAAAGGACUCCUUCGCAAAUAUGGACCUCAAAGAGUUGUUGAUACUCCAAUUACCGAGGCUGGUUUUACUGGUAUCGGAGUCGGUGCUUCAUGUCACGGGCUUAGGCCUAUUGUCGAGUUUAUGACAUUCAAUUUUGCAAUGCAGGCAAUUGAUCAUAUUAUUAAUUCUGCUGCAAAAACGAACUACAUGUCUGCUGGCAAUAUAAACGUCCCUAUUGUUUUUAGAGGACCAAAUGGCCCUGCUGCAGGGGUGGGUGCCCAGCAUUCGCAGUGUUAUGCGGCUUGGUACAGCUCGUGCCCUGGAUUGAAAGUGUUAGCUCCAUACUCAUCUGAAGAUGCUCGUGGGCUUCUGAAGACUGCAAUCAGAGAUCCUGAUCCUGUUGUUUUUCUUGAAAAUGAGUUGUUGUAUGGUGAAUCUUUCCCUGUUUCAGACGAAGUUCUGGAUUCCAGCUUCUGUCUCCCCAUUGGCAAAGCUAAGAUUGAGAAAGAAGGAAAGGAUGUCACAAUUACAGCCUUCUCUAGAAUGGUGGGCUACGCUCUGAAGGCUGCUGAAAUUCUUGAGAAGGAAGACCUCGAGGCAGAGGUGAUAAAUCUCCGCUCAAUUCGGCCGCUGGAUAGGUCCUUAAUUAACAAUUCAGUCAGGAAAACAAACAGACUUGUGACGGUUGAGGAAGGGUUCCCUCAACACGGUGUAGGCGCUGAGAUUUGUGCCUCGGUUGUGGAGGAGAAUUUCAAUUAUCUGGACGCUCCAGUUGAGAGGAUAAGUGGUGCUGACGCUCCCAUGCCUUAUGCGGCCAAUCUUGAGAGGCUUGCUCUUCCACAGGUUGAAGACGUGGUUCGAGCAGCCAGGAGAGCGUGCUAUAGAUCUGUACCCACCGCUACGACAGCUUAGUAAGCUGUUGUUUGGAGGUGUGGGAUCCAUCAUCCAUCCCAAAUAGAGAAUAAAGAGACAUUCGGCUUCUCCUUUUGGUGUUUACGUCGUCGGAAUUGGCUUUCUUCAUGGAUUUGGCUGUUAGUUUUGGUUUUGUAUGUUGUGUGGCAUAGCAUUUUAUUAAAAAAAUAAUAAUAAUAAACUAAACUAAUUCUGAGUUCUUCUGAUCCGGAAGGUGGGUUCUGAGGCGGGCCUAUUUUAAACUGUCAGCAUGGCUAAAUAGGUGGGCUUUGAGACGGGCCCGAUCUGCUGUUGGUUGUAAAGCGAGUUGAAAUGUAUAAAGCCUUUAGGAAAAAAAAAGCCUUACAACAGAAGGCCCAGCCUAUUAGCCUGCUAGAUUUUUUUAUUUUUUAUUUUUUUUGUGUAGAAUGAAGUCAGAAUGGAAUGAACCUUGGUAGGUAUGUCUUUUAGAGUAAUAGGCUGCUCACCGGAGCGGUUACA